AUGAACAACCAAUUAUGGGAACAUAAGAGACAGCAUGCAUCUAAGGUUGUGUUGCUCACUAUGGGUUGGUAUGAGGAAUUCAAAAAAGUAAAUGUGCAGCCAACGGAGAUUAGGAGACAAUCGGUUAAAUGGCCAAGACCACAAGAGAAUUGGGUGAAAGUUAAUUGUGAUGGUGCAUUCCAGCCGGCAACAAGAAAGGGGGGUGCUGGAGUUGUGAUCCGAGAUGCUAAUGGUGAUUUUCAAGUUGGUGCUGCUAGACCUCUCCCUUUAGUAACGUCACAUUUCCAUGCAGAAUUGAUGGCGUUAAAGGAAGGGAUCAAUUUGGCAGUGGCAUUACAGCAUGAGCAGGUACUGUUUGAAUCUGAUUGCUCUUUAUUGGUUCAAGCUUUGCAUUCAAUUGAACCGGAUUUAUCUACAAUGAGUAUGUUGCUUGAUGAGAUCAGACUAGUGCUGCAAUAUCAUGGUGGUUAUGGAAUUAAUUAUGUACCAAGGGAAGCAAAUACAGUAGCUCAUGGAUUUGCUUCUCAUGCUUUAAGAAAUAGUGAUAGUCAAACUUGGUUUGUCAUAGCUCCCGAAUUUAUAAGAGAUGUCAUUCGAAACGAUUGUAAUCGUUAA